AUGAAGCGAAAACUGGCAGAAAAUGAGUCUUCAGAUAUUGAGAAGACUAAUGAUGCUGCUGUUGAGACAACAAAGAAAAAUAAAAAGUCUAAGCAUGGAGACUUUAGUGGGCAGGAAAUCACACGGCUGAAAGAGACAGAAGCUCUGUUCCAUUCCAGCCUGUUUCGGCUACAGAUGUCAGAGCUGUUGAAAGAAGUAUCAGUGAAGUUGAAAUUACAAGCACGAGUUAAAGAAGCCUUUGAAGCUCUGUCAAAAAUGGUGAAGGGGUUGUCAGUUGGAAAAGUACAUAAGAUUACUGACCGAGAGUGGUUGCAGUCAAAAAGUAUCAAAGUGCCUUUGAUAGAAAAUCCAGCUUCGGUGAAGGGCGUUUUCCAGUUUCUUCCACCAGUGAAUGUUCGGUUGUCUGGCAGUUUUGUUUUGGAUACUGCUGUCAAACCUGAUGUUGUGGCAGAUGUUGUCAUGGAAAUUCCAAAGGAAAGUUUCAACCCUAAAGAUUACCUGAAUCAACGUUACACAAGAAAGAGGGCUUUAUAUCUUGCUGCUGUUGCUUCUAAACUUCACAAGAAGAAAAGAAUUGAAGAUCUGAAAUUCACUUACUUCUUAGGCAACCCUUAUAAACCAGUCCUUCUUGUCACAGUGAAAGGAUCCGAUUCAAAAAGUGUUCAGCUGUGCUUGCAUGCUGUGCCUGAGACAGAUACAUUCAGGCUGUCCCGUUUUCAUGUUUCCAGGAACAAUGUCCGUCCAAAAUGGUUCCUUGGUAAAGCAGGAUCUGGUGCCGAGUUUGAUGAGGAAGAUGAUUCCUUGCUGCCUGCAACACCAUUUUAUAACUCCAAUAUUCUACACGAUCUGUGUAUGUCAACUAAUGAUUCUUUCAUUGAGAAAAUGUUGAAAGGGGCAGAAGGAUUGAGUCAAGGCAUCAAACUUCUGAAGGUGUGGCUGCGACAGAGAGAGUUGUCACAGGGGUUUGGAGCCUUUUCAAGCUGCCUGAUUACCGCCUAUGUUGUUUACCUGCUCAUGACCAAAAAACUAAACAAAAUCAUGAACUGCUAUCAAGUUUUCAGAACCACAUUGCUCAGCUUGUCAAAGGCAGACUGGACCUCAGAAGCUCCAAGUCUGUAUGAAGGCAAGCAGGACAGAUCACAGCCAGCUGUUGAUGAGUUCAGAGAUGUUGGACAGUCAGUCUUUGUCGACCGUACCGGCUAUUUCAACAUUGCCUACAUGAUGACACCAACAUUCUUCGCUAGGGUAAAACAUGAAGCAGGUUUGGCCAUCAAAGCUCUGGACCACAGUCACCAUAACUGCUUUGAUGUUCUAUUCAUGACUCAUUUGUCAUUUGCACGAAGUUUUGAUCAUAUAUUUCAUAUAAACCUGACAUCAGAACUGAUUGAAGCAGCCUCAAAAAAAGUGGUAGAUUCUUCACAGAAGGAGAUGGACCUUGGUGGGCACCUCAAUAUUUUACUUUCCCAGCACAUUCAGAUACAGUUGUCAAAGGCUUUAGACAGAAGAAUCUGUCUAGUUCAGCCAUUGCUGUCUGUGUCAAGGAAGUGGAAUAUUUCAGAUGAACCAUACAGCUUUAAUGAAGAAAACCAUUUGACCUUCGGCCUGGUACUGGAUGCAACAUGUGCUUUCAAUAUUUUAGAUAAAGGACCCCUAGGAAAUCCUGGGAACCCUGAGGCCAAAGAAUUUCGUGAGUUCUGGGGCGAGAAGUCCGAGCCUCGUCGUUUUAAAGAUGGUACAAUUCAUGAAGCAGUUCUGUGGACGUCAUCUCCAUGCCAGAGUGACAGGCGUUUGGUGUGCAAAAAAAUUGUCAAGUUUGUUCUUGAAAGACACUGUGGAGUACCCAGAAGAAGUGUUCAUUAUAUGGCAGGCAAGCUGGACAGUUUGUUGCACCUGAACCUGGCUUCAAAGAAUGAAAACCUUAUUUAUGGCACAGGAGAAGAGCAGAGUUUGGCUGUCAUCAGGGCCUAUGACCAGGUCAACAGGGCAUUGAGAGCGUUAACUUCUCUCCCUCUGAGCAUUCAUUCUAUCCAGGGGAUCCACCCUGUCUUCAGGCAUUCUGAUGUAUUUCCUGCUUUGCCUGCACCUGUGGGUGCAGAUGACAUCAGUGUUGUCUCUGGGCAUGUUGUUCCAAAGGAGGGAAAGUCACUACCACAGUUUGUUCCUGCCAUGACAGUAAUGUGCAUGCUGGAGAGUUCUGGUAAGUGGCCAGAAGAAGCGGAAGCUAUCAAGUGUCUCAAGGCCUUAUUUCAUGUCAAGAUGGGCAAGGAGCUCCAUGAGAAGCAUUUGUUGCCAGUCAGUGUUCACAAAACUUAUGUGGAUGUUCUCAAGGAUGGGUUUGUGUUCCGCUUAAAGAUCGCCAAUACCAGAGAGCUGGCCGUGCUAAGAACUGUGGUGACAGACAGUGGAAUGAUUAAGUUCAGAGAAACGGAGGAAUCUGUUGCCCUGGAGAAGGAAAUUAUAGCGCUCCCACAUCUCACAAGCUUAUUGCAUGGAUUACAGCAAGAACACCCAGCAUAUAGUGCCACUGUUCGACUGUGUAAACGCUGGAUUGCAUCACAGAUGGUGUGGAGUCUUCUUCGAGAAGAAGCUGUUGAGUUAAUUGUUGCUUACCUGUUUAUUUUCCCUCAUCCUUAUACUGCACCUGCUGAUCCAAGUGUUGGCUUGAUGAGGUUUCUGCACUUCUUUGUGACAUUUAACUGGAAGGCUAAUCCACUGAUGGUGAAUCUCAACAAGGAGUUUUCCGAAGAGGAUUUGACAAGCAUCCCCAAGGAUUUCAUGAAAAAUCGGGCUACAUUACCCAGUAUGUGUAUUGCAACUCCACAAGAUAAAACUGGCACAAAGUGGACCAAGCCAACACCUUCAGAGUCCCAUUUACAGAGAUUGAUCCUGUUGGCCCGAGAGUCUCUGAAGAUUCUUGAAUCCCAAAUCAUGACAGACUAUUUGUCUUCAGACUUCAAGUUGAUAUUUCGACCACCUUUGGAGCACUAUGACUUAGUGAUACGCUUGCUGAAGAAAGCAAAUGUGCUUGCUCACCAGUCAGUAGAUGGACCGCAUGAAGUCCCAGCAUGUGUUGAGGAGAAGAGCCUUGCAGACGGUCAGCCUCUUCCGGUCAUUGAGUUCAAUGUUGCCAGGAAAUAUUUUCACGAUCUUCAGAGUAUCUUUGGAGAUGUUGCAAUGUUUUUCCAUGACCCUUUCGGAGGGAAUGUGAUAGGAAUGGUGUGGAAGGCUCAGGCAACAGAAAAGAAAGACUUCAAGAUUUCUCUUUUCCCUUACCGUAAACCUAUUGUUUGUGAAAAUGAAGUCAUCAACUUGGAGCUGCAGAAAGAAUCAAUUCUGGAUGAUAUCCGUGUGUUGGGGGGAGGGAUUGUUGAAUGUAUUGAGUGUCCAAAGCAGUUGUGA